AUGUCGAACUAUCGCAACUACGAUGUCGGCACGCGCGCCUGGCAGCAGGACCCGACCGAGGGAUGGGUGUCCUCGGAGGUCACGAAGAAGACGGUCAACGGGGAUAAUGUCAAGUUGGUCUUCACACUCGAGAAUGGCGAGACCAGAGAAGUGGACACGACGGUGGCGGCGUUUGCAGAAGAUGCCAUGAGCUCCACCCUCCCCCCUUUGAUGAACCCGGCCAUGCUGGAGGCCAGCGACGAUCUAACGAACCUCUCCCACUUGAACGAACCGGCGGUGCUGCAGGCGAUCAAGCUCCGCUAUGCGCAAAAGGAGAUAUACACCUACUCGGGCAUCGUGCUGAUAGCCACCAACCCGUUUGCACGAGUAGACUCGCUCUACGUCCCCGGCAUGGUGCAGGUCUACGCCGGCAAGAACCGAUCAUCACAAGCGCCUCAUCUGUUCGCCAUCGCUGAGGAGGCUUUUGCGGAUAUGCUCCGCGAUGGCCGUAAUCAGACGAUCGUGGUCUCAGGAGAGUCGGGAGCCGGCAAGACGGUCAGCGCCAAAUAUAUCAUGCGAUACUUUGCGACACGAGAACCUCCCGAUCAGCCCGGCGCACGCAGCAGAGGUCGCGCAGACACCAUGAGCGAGACGGAAGAGCAGAUCCUGGCCACCAACCCGAUCAUGGAAGCGUUCGGUAACGCAAAGACCACACGAAACGACAACUCCUCGCGGUUCGGCAAGUACAUCGAGAUCAUGUUCAACAGGAGCACGGAGAUCAUUGGCGCAAGAAUACGAACGUACCUCUUGGAACGGUCAAGAUUGGUCUUUCAACCGCUUAAGGAGCGGAAUUACCACAUCUUCUACCAGCUGGUUGCGGGAGCUACGGACGCUGAGAGGGAAGAGCUGGGACUGAUACCGGUGGAGCACUUUGACUACCUCAACCAGGGUGGUGCGCCGGAGAUCGAUGGGGUGGACGACGGCAAGGACUUCAAGGACACAAGGCAAUCGUUGACUCGACUUGGAGUGUCGGAGACUGUGCAGACGCAGCUAUGGAAGAUCCUGGCAGCGCUGCUACACAUCGGCAACAUCAAGAUUACUGCGACAAGAACAGACUCGCAGUUAUCAGCCACGGAACCUUCGCUGGAAAGAGCCUGCAAGCUGCUCGGCAUUGAUGCAACAGAGUUUGCAAAGUGGACGGUCAAGAAGCAACUCAUCACUCGCGGCGAGAAGAUCAUGUCGAAUCUGACACAACAGCAAGCAACGGUCGUUCGGGACUCGGUGGCCAAGUACAUCUACUCUUCGCUCUUCGACUGGCUCGUGGAGACGAUGAACGCGUUCUUGGCACCGGACGACAUCUUGAAGGACGUCACCUCUUUCAUCGGCGUGCUGGAUAUCUACGGCUUCGAGCACUUCGCCAAGAACAGCUUUGAGCAGUUCUGCAUCAACUACGCCAACGAGAAACUGCAACAAGAGUUCAACCAGCACGUCUUCAAGCUUGAGCAGGAGGAGUAUGUGCGGGAACAGAUCGACUGGACUUUCAUCGACUUCUCGGACAACCAGCCCUGCAUUGACUUGAUCGAGGGCAAGAUGGGUAUCCUUUCUCUGCUGGACGAAGAAUCGAGAUUACCCAUGGGCUCGGACGAGUCUUUCGUGACUAAGCUGCACCACCACUACUCCCAGGACAAGCACAAGUUCUACAAGAAGCCACGGUUCGGCAAGAGUGCAUUCACGGUCUGUCAUUACGCCAUUGAUGUCACGUACGAGAGCGACGGCUUCAUCGAGAAGAACAGGGACACUGUGCCUGACGAACAUUUGGAGGUGCUGAAGGCUACAUCCAACACCUUCUUGAGUGAAGUCUUGGAGGCCUCAGCUACCGUUAGAGACCGGGACAAUGCUGCUGUGGCACCAAAGGCGAACGGUCCUGGCAAGAGGAUGGGCGCUGCGGCGGCUAGGAAACCGACGCUCGGCGGCAUCUUCAAGAGCAGUUUGAUCGAGCUCAUGAACACCAUCAACUCGACGGACGUACACUAUAUCAGGUGUAUUAAGCCGAACGAGGCGAAGGAGGCAUGGAAGUUUGAGGGGCCGAUGGUGUUGAGUCAGCUACGAGCUUGUGGUGUUCUGGAGACAGUACGGAUCAGCUGUGCUGGCUACCCGACCCGAUGGACAUACGAAGAGUUCGCUCUCCGAUACUACAUGCUCAUCAAGUCAGGGGAGUGGACCACCGAGAUCCGGGACAUGGCCAACGCAAUCCUACGGAAGGCGCUCGGCGAGGCGAAGAACGACAGCUCGGAUAAGUACCAGCUGGGUUUGACCAAGAUCUUCUUCCGUGCCGGCAUGCUCGCCUUCCUCGAGAACCUCCGCACGAACCGCCUGAACGAAGCCGCCAUCAUGAUCCAGAAGAACCUGCGCGCCAAGUACUAUCGCCGCCGCUAUCUCGAGGCCAUCGACGGGAUCAAAGCAUUUCAGGCCCUCCUCCGCGGCGUCCUCGCACGACAGCGAGCCGAAGAGGCGCGGCGGCAACGCGGCGCCACGACUAUCCAGCGUGUUUGGCGAGGACAGAAAGAGAGGAAAGGGUACGUACGCUUCCGCAACGAUCUCAUCAAGUUUGAAGCGCAGGCCAAGGGAUGGCUUUGCCGGAAGCAAAUCCUAGACAAGAGGCUGGGUGAUGCGGCGAGGACGAUCCAGCGCGCGUGGCGGUCGCAUCGGCAGCUCAGGUCUUGGAGAGAUUACCGAAGAAAGGUGGUGCUGGUGCAGAGUAUGUGGCGUGGACGGACCGCGAGACGCGGGUACAAGAAGCUGCGCGAGGAGGCGAGAGACCUCAAGCAGAUUUCGUACAAGCUGGAGAACAAGGUCGUCGAGCUCACGCAAUCGCUUGGUACAAUGCGGCAGGAGAACCGGACGCUCAAGGGCCAAGUCACAAAUUACGAAGGACAGCUCAAGAGCUGGAGAGACCGACACAAUGCUUUGGAAAGCCGAGCGAACGACCUGCAGCGUGAAGCCAACCAGGCUGGUAUCACUGCGGCGAAGCUGGAGGCUAUGGAGGCGGACAUGCAGCGCUUGCAGGCGACGUAUGAGGAGAGCACCGCGAAUAUGCGGAGGUUACAAGACGAGGAGAAGUCGCUGCGCGAGGAUCUGCGGGUCACUAGUCAGGAGCUGGAGACCACGCGGCAGAGCAAGACGGUUUCGGAGACCGAAAAGCUUUCGCUACGGCAGCAGUUGGCAGAUCUGCAGGAUCAGUUGGAGUUGGCCAAGCGUGCUGUGCCUGUCAAUGGAGAAGUGGUCAACGGGAACGCCGUACCCGCGCAGCCUUCGGGUCUUAUCAACCUUGUUUCGGCGAAGAAGCCGAAGCGGAGGAGUGCUGGGCCAGAGCCGAUCAAUACGGAGCGCUUCAGUGGGACUUACAACCCCAGGCCAGUGUCGAUGGCGUUCGGUGCUACGGGUGGACAUGUACAGAAUCUGUCUGGCUCGACGUUCAACCCUGGUUUGGAGAAUGUUGAAAUGGAGCUGGAGAACUUGCUCGCCGACGAGGAUGGCCUCAAUGAUGAGGUGACGAUGGGCUUGAUUCGAAACUUGAAGAUUCCUGCUGCCGGGGGCACACCACCGCCAACGGACAAGGAGGUCCUGUUCCCUGCAUACCUCAUCAACCUCGUCACUUCAGAGAUGUGGAACAAUGGCUUCGUGAAGGAGUCUGAGCGCUUUUUGGCCAAUGUGAUGCAGUCCAUUCAGCAAGAAGUGAUGCAGCACGAUGGCGAUGAGGCAGUCAACCCCGGCGCUUUCUGGCUUUCGAACGUCCACGAGAUGCUCUCCUUCGUUUUCCUCGCUGAAGACUGGUACGAAGCCCAAAAGACGGACAACUUCGAGUACGACCGCCUGCUCGAGAUCGUUAAGCACGAUCUUGAAAGUCUGGAGUUCAACAUCUACCACACCUGGAUGAAGGUGCUGAAGAAGAAACUGCACAAGAUGAUCGUGCCCGCCAUCAUCGAGUCGCAAUCUCUCCCCGGCUUCGUCACGAACGAGAACAACCGCUUCCUCGGCAAACUCCUCCAAUCCAGCAACACGCCUGCUUUCAGCAUGGACAACCUGCUCUCCCUGCUCAACAACGUCUUCAAGGCGAUGAAGGCCUACUACCUCGAGGACUCCAUCAUCACGCAAACAGUUACCGAGCUGCUGCGGUUGGUCGGCGUGACGGCGUUCAACGAUCUGCUCAUGCGGAGGAACUUCCUCAGCUGGAAGAGAGGUUUGCAGAUCAACUACAACAUCACGCGUAUCGAGGAGUGGUGUAAAAGCCACGACAUGCCGGAGGGCACGCUGCAGCUGGAGCACUUGAUGCAGGCGACGAAGCUGCUGCAGUUGAAGAAGGCGACGUUGAAUGAUAUUGAGAUUAUUCAGGAUAUCUGCUGGAUGCUCUCCCCCAACCAAAUCCAAAAACUCCUCAACCAAUACCUCGUCGCCGACUACGAACAGCCCAUCAACGGCGAGAUCAUGAAAGCCGUCGCCUCGCGCGUCACCGACCCGAAAUCCGACGUCCUGCUCCUGCAAGCCGUGGACAUGGAGGAUUCCGGCCCGUACGAGAUCGCCGAGCCCCGCGUCAUCACGGCGCUGGAGACGUAUACGCCGAGUUGGCUGCAGACGCCGCGACUGAAGAGGUUGGCGGAAAUUGUGAGCGCGCAGGCGGUGAUGCAGCAGCAGAUGGAUGCUGGGGGGAAGGUGGCGGAGGAGGGGUGGGGGAUGAAUGGGGUUAAUGGGAAUGGGAAUGGGGUGCAUGAGAUUGGGUUGAGUGAGGAUGAGGAGAGUGGGUAG